AUGCAAAAAUCUAAAAGAAAACAAUUGACUCAGAAUCCUACGAUCCCCAAGAUUUUUUCAAAUCCUGACUUAAUGAAAACAAACUCAAUUUUCGCUCAUCCAUUAUUCACAAGUUCCCCAGCUUCAUUCCGUAAUACUCCUGACAUUGAAGAAUUGAUGAAUUCAGCUCGCAAAGACACAGCACGAUUUUCCCAAUUCCUCAGCCUUCAAAUUCCAUCCUCUACCAUUUCCAGCCCUAAUAAGCCGCAGCAAAACAAGACUAUAAAUCUUUAUAAGUCUUACCCAUCCCCAAGCAGAAAUGCAACGCCCAGUACAAUGAGCCAAUAUCCAAACGAUCAAUCAAAACUUAAAAAAAUUAAUAAAGAAAAUAGAUCUUUAAGGUCAUUGAUCAAUAAACUUCAGGCAGAAGUUUUAGCAGUUUCUCAAGAAAAUAUGAAGCUUAUGAAAGUUGAGCAUAAGUGUAAUGCAAUUGAAACAGAAAUUGAAAAACUGACGAAGGAAAAUGAAGAAAUCAAGAAAAAAUUAAGCGGAAAGCAUAGAAAAGCAAAUAUAAAGAGAUUAGAAAAUGCUAUGGAUGGGUUUAAGAUGAAAAUUUCAAAAGCAUUGAAAUACAGGAACUAA